CUGUUAAUAAGCUCUCCCAUACAGGUUCACGCUGAGGCCACCGCGGCCAUGGCUCGUUGCUGGCCUUUGCUGUGGGUCCUGUGUGGUCUUGCAUGGCUUGCACCGCCCGGACUGCCGGCUUUCCUCCAAGCGCAUUCCCGGAGGCAUCGAUUGAAGGUUUCCAAGUCAGCUCUUAAAGAUGCUGGAAGAGACAAAGAUGCUCUCAGUGAAAGCUUGACCAGUCGAUCAGAGUUGGGCAAAGACUCGGAGCAACUCCUCCGAUCCUUUCCUCAACUGGAGGAGCAGUGUGGACCCUAUGUCAUCUCCUCCCAGGCUCCCGUCUUGGUCGCUUCAACCCGGAACCUCAGCAACGAGGUUUUGGCGGAGCUCCGCAACGGCCAGGUGGUGCAGAUCCAGGAGCUCUCGCGUUUGGAGCAACGCCUACGGGGUCGCCUGAAGGAGGAGUCCGAUGAUCCGCGGUGGAUCUCGCUGAAGAACACGCAAACGGGCUUUCGUUGGGCCUGCCCUAAGGGUGCCUUAGACGAGAUUGAGGGAAAGCUUCAGAAGCUGGAAGCUCAGGUGAAAGAAGAGAAGGAAAGGACCUCCGAUUUACCCGGAGAGGAGGAGUCCGAAAUGGACACUUUGGUCGAUUUGCUCUAUUUGAAAGCGCUUUUUGCACAAACUGCUGCGGGUUUGCCGCCGUUGUCCAGUUUCGAACGUUCAAGGCUGGGUACGUGGGCGAUGUUUGGUCGUGGGCUGGACAACUGGAACGCUGUGGCUGGCAAGCAAGGUUUUGAAGUACCAUUGGUGGUGGUUUCUGGACAGCUACGGCGCGAAAUCCUACGGAGUUUGGAUCGAAAGAGAUACUGCCAAUCUUUGGUAGAUGCCUACACCCAGGAGCAGCUUCGCUCACCUGGUCAGUUCCAAGGCUUUUUAGAGGGCUUUCGCGAGGCCAAGAAUCGAGUUUUAAAGGAGAUUGGUGGAGCCUCCGGCUUGCCAUCUUUGAAGUCUGCACCGCAGACAGCUUCAGCUUGGACUGAACAAGACUUUGGAAAGUGGAUUGGGGUCUUUCGAGACGUAACGACCAGCACCCGCUGUUUUCAAGCAGACCUUUACUUUGGACAUGCUCUCUUUGGGCUGUCCUUGCGGCGCUUAUGUCGCCGCUUCGAACUGGAGCUCUCCACACAGAGCUUUUUCACCAGUGAGCAGACCAGCGAAUCGGAAGAAGUGCUUGUGGAGAGGUUCAAGAACUUUGUGGAGAUGUUGGCCAAGAACCAGCUUCUGGGGGAGGUCUUGAGCUUGAGUCCCAACCUCAUUGCGGCGAUCCGCAGACAGACCAAAGCCAUUUUUGGAAAGGGUUUACGGGAUGAGUUGCAGCAACCCAUCGAGCGUGCUUCGAAGGAGAUAGAAGAGAAUCCAGAUGAUGUGCCGCCUAUUGCCAAGCACACCUCUUUCCUCCUAGAAGCUGCGGAAAGAGGAGAGUUGCGGAUGUUAAGCGUGAGCUUGGAAGGCAAGGAGAGGAUUCUGAUGGAUGCAUUGACCUUUGGCGUCUUCCUGCAGGAUGCAGACGAUGAGUCCGUCAGACGACUCAUCGCAUCAGACGACUAGUCGCCAUCGAAGAAGAAAGGAACUUUGUAAGGCACCGUCGCUGUCAGCUCCGUCGCUGUCAGAAAAACUUGACAAGGCAUGGUUUGUCCUCUUCGCGUUGUUGGUUCGAA